UGAGUCAGGCAUCAUUUUGUAGCUGUUAUCAACUCGUCUUUUCAUGCAACCUCUCAGUGGCGGAUUUAAGACGCUGCACUGACCAGUCGCUCCGCAGUGGCCGCGAUCCAACCUGACCCGGUUUCCCUUGCUUUCCCCUUAUGUCAAUUGAUGCCAAUGCAAGUAUGGCGGAAUUCGGCGACACGAACUCGCACAAGAUGACAGAGAAUCAUGUCGGUAAGCGAUGUAAUAAUCAGUGGGUGCGACUGAACGUGGGCGGAACGUACUUCCUGACAGCGAAGACCACUUUGGCGAGGGAUCCGAACUCGUUUCUGUACCGGCUGUGCCAGGAGGACUCGGACCUCAUUUCGGACAGGGACGAGACGGGAGCGUACCUGAUAGAUCGUGACCCCACGUACUUCAGUCCCGUCUUGAACUACUUGCGCCAUGGCAAGUUGGUCAUCAAUAAGGAUCUAACGGAGGAGGGUGUGCUGGAGGAAGCGGAGUUUUACAAUAUCACCGAGCUCAUUCGGUUAGUCAAAGAGAGGAUCAUCUUGAGGGACACUCGGCCACAGAGGGACUCCAAGAAGCAUGUCUACAGAGUUCUCCAAUGCCACGAGGACGAGCUCACGCAGAUGGUGUCCACCAUGUCGGACGGAUGGAGAUUUGAACAGCUAAUCAACAUAGGUUCUCAAUAUAACUAUGGUAACGACGAUCAUGCGGAAUUUCUGUGUGUGGUAAGCCGAGAAUACGGACCUAGUCAGCUCAGCAGUAAAGAAGAAGAAUCUACGGAUCGCGUUAAGGUUUUGCAGCAGAAGGGUUCACGCAUGUAAUGUCUAGAUCCGUCCUUGUUUUCCCUUGCCUCCCCUUAGUUUGAUCAGCUGUGCUGCAACAAGAUGAAGACUGUUUUCGUUUUUACAUUUAAAGUAUUAAAUUGUAAAACCCGCAUAUACUCUUUUCCAUUAUAUUCUCUCUGUCUCUAUUCCUAGAUAAUGUUAGUCUACAGGGACAUUACAGUGCAAAAAGAGGGGAUAAAGAACAUUUUAUAGAUAUGUAUUUAUUACAUAGCAAGAUACAUGAAGCUUUAAAAACCGAAAGUAACAUACGUUAUUAUUAAUUUAUUCCUUUUUAUUAACAGUGCCCGAAAGACGAAAAGAAAAAAAAAUGUCGAUCUCACACGAACGGAAUAGUUUAAUAAUUUCAUACGGUUUAUACAGAUAAUCGCUAUAUGACAAACACACAAAGUAAAAACCUUCCUUUUUCUAUAAGCACAUCUAUCUGCUUUUAAGGCAGAUAUGUUAUACAUAUAAAUAUAUAUAAAUAUAUAAAUAUAUAUAUAUAUAUAUAUAUACAUACAUACACAUACAUACAUACAUAGGUAAUAUAAUUAUAUUAAUAAAUGACGUUGUUCCAUAAUGGCUACAGUUAUAUUUUAGCUUUAUUGAAUACUUUAAUGAAUGAAUGGCAUUUGUGGAGGCAAUCGGUUUCAUACAAAUUUUUAUGAUAUGAUGGUAGUUUUUAUCUGUGGUAGUGAUACAGUUAGAGAUUGCCUUUUUGUACUAAAUUGUACAAAAGUUCUUUUUCCCCCAUCCGUAUUCUUAUCGUAAGAUGUCUAAAUUACUUACCUUCGCACUGCCGCUAUAAAACAUAAAGAUAUUUGUAUAUCUAACGUGAUAAUUUUCGAAAUCCAAGAGACGGCGCAUUACUAAUAACUAUGAAUAUGUAAAACUGACUUUAUACAUGUAUUGUUAAUACGGAAAGGAAUUUUUUCUAAACGAAGCAAUUGCAUUACCACUACUUGUUAAGGAAUACAGAUCUGAGAUACGUGAGAGAGAUAGGGGCUUUAUUCUCAAAAAUACUAUUGCGAAAGAAAUUUUAGGAGAGCGAGCACAAACGUAUACAAUUUAAGAACGUUUAUUGCGUAUUUUGUACGCAAAAACACGGAAUAAUACGAUUACAUUAUCGCGAAUCAAUGAGAUGUGUAUUAUCGGGAGAAAAAUUGUUUUCUUUUGUAAAUUAUUCGCAGUUGCAAUAUGAUCCCCUACAUCCGUAGUAAUAAAAUAAGUAUAUUUGCAACAGAUGUAGGUUGUCAAUUGUCGAAGGCCUAUUAAAAGAAACAAAAAGAGAAAGAGAAAAGUGUCCUAGACAAUAUAUGUAAAAUGUUAAAUGGAAGAGCAUAUAUAAUAUUGGCUUGUUAUAGAUGCCAUUAGUACUAUUGUACACGUGCGUAACCAUUAUCUCACACACGUGCAUUUACAUAUUUUUUUUUCAAGAGAAUAUACAGAGAAUAUACAUUCAACAAUACAAAUAAUCAGUUACAUUUUGCGCGCCAUUGGUGUUUGCUAUUUCGAUAUGGGCAAGAGAUACCUGCGUCAUCGAAAGAAAUAUACAUAUAUAUUUACAGAAUUAGAUAUUUACACAAGCAGCGAAAGAUAUAUAUGCAGUUGUGCGAUGUUUUGGCUAGCAACAAUUCAUUUGGUACUGCAAAAUUUCAGAAACUUUAGGACCAAUAUUGUUAAUCCCGCGUGCUAUGUACAGCGUUAUUUAGACUAAUAUAAGGCUAAUAUAUAUACUUUCUAGCUCAAAUCCAUGUAUUCUAAUCAUUAAUUUAGUUGGCAUUAAUGUUCAUUACUGUCAUAAUUACACGUAUGCGGAAACAUCAUCCUCUUUACUCGUGUAAAAUUUGUACUUUCAUAGGUAAAGAUUUCUAACGAUAGAUGAAAAAAAUUUACUUAUUCGGUGUUUGGCGUUAGAAAACAAUCGUACCGUUUAUAUUGAUUGAAAACUAAAAUUAUAAUGAUAGAAAAUAUUGUUACGUGAGAGAUAGGCGGCGUAAAGAAGCAGUUAUCGUAUAUGGAAGUAUUUACACGUACAGUUAUCACUUUACACAUAGGUUUUAUUUUUUACUUUAUUUUUUAUUAACUCGGAAAUUCAUUGCACUGUAGGAUACGUCGAAUAAUUACGCUAGAGUUAUGCGAGUGUUUCUAAUUAUUUUGAAUUUGCUUUCACCACGUCGCGAUUAGAAUUGCCUUUGUGAAAAUUUUUCUCAGAAUUUUUCAUAUAAUUUGUCACAAAUUUUUAUUAUAUAUAAAUUUCUGAAUUUCUAUAUAAGUUUGUGACUUUUACAAAAUUUCUCAGAUUUUUUAUUAGAAUAAUUUUCAGAAAUGUUGAAAAAAGUUACAUCUUUUUUAGAAUCUUUCAUAUGGAUCCUGAAAUAUCCAAAAAAUUUUCAUUUUAUAAUUUCUGAUGAAAUCUGAAAAUAUAAGAUAUGAAAAAGUAUUUUAAAGUAUUUUUUAGAAAUUAUAGAAUGUGAAAUCUUUCUCUUAGGGUAAAUUUCAUUAUAUAGAUACAGGUACAAUUUUAAGUAGAUGUAGAUUUUUUUUUAGUACUUUUGAAGCGUUUUAAUUCAUAUAAAAAUUUUGGGAACAAUUUUUACCAGGGCGAGCUCUUACAAGCAAGCUGCGCUGAGUUGUUUGCAGAAAGCUUGUAUAUUAAUCGCAAGAAGAUACAUUUUCUGAAUGUUGAAGAUAUUUUAAAGAAACAGGUGUCACAUGCGUGUACAUACAACCAUCCGUUGCGUUUUCGUAUUGUACAUGGAUGUGUAAAGAUCGUUCUGCGAUAGCGUAAACGUAGUCGCAAGUGAUUGUAAAAUAUUGUAAAGUGCAGUUGUAUUCUAUUUCCAUCAAUGUAAAUUAACUUUAAUCUUGGUUUUUCUUGAAACUAAAGAAAAAAAAAUAAAGAAGUUAAACUGAAAUUAAAGUCAAUUCGCUCAGAUAGAAAUAAACAUACAACUGCGCCUUGCAAUCAUUUACAAUGUUAUGUUUACACUAUUGCAGAACGGUCCUAACGUGAAACGUAAUCAAAAUUUAUUUAACGGUACAUUAAUAAGUAUAAGUAUUCUGAUAUGAUAAAAGUAUAGAAUCUUUAGAACUUUUUAUGCAAUAACUUUUAUCUCUAGUAGUGCAAUUUGCAAUAAGUGAUGAGCAGGAAGAGCAGUAGAUAUUUAACGCUGUUAAUUUUUUUUUCGCCAGUCAUGCAGUCGUAGUCUCGUCCCUGACAAAUUAUAAAUUGAUAGCAACUUUUAUGUAUUAAAUAGUAGUAAUUCAUACGUGCGGAUACAUGACAUUGAUAUUAUCAAAUGUUAGGUGAGCUUAUAUUAAGUAGUCCUUACGAUUAUAGCGUGUGAUUUGUCAAGUGAGAUAAAAAAUUAAAUGCAAAUUGUUUGUAUUAGUUGUAACUUGUAUGAAAUAAAAGAUUUAUUAUAUACCUUGAA